AUGCCACUUCCAUAUCUUCUUCACGUGAAUUCACGCCCACAGCCAGACUCUGGAGUGGACAACAAACUAUGGGAGAAAUGGUACAUCACAGAACAUCUGCCAGACCUGGUCAACAGUGGGACUACGAAGCGUGCAGCGUUCUAUCGAGAAACAUUUGAUUUUUCACUGGCAUCCAAGGACAGGGCCGUGCGGAGCUAUCUCGCGAUUUACCAGACAGAGUUCGAAGAGCCGCUUGCUCGUGACGAAUAUACCAAAGGAGUCCGUCAUUCAAGCGACCUGUUCCCGAAGGACAAGGAGACACUCGCCAACGGCGACUUUGAUGCGAGGAACUAUAAGCUGAUUGUGGACUAUGACCCAAAGAGCACGGGAGAGAGUGCGCCGCCAUUUCUUCUGACCGUCGAGAUGGAGCCGGUGGACGAAGCAGAUUUUGAGAAAUGGUAUAGCGAGGAACACCUCGAGAUGCUGAGCAAGCUUCCUGGCUACCGCCGAUCGUCGCGGUAUACUCUUGGGCCGAAGACACCAGCUACUUUGGGAGAGCCGGGGAGGUUCUUGGCCAUACACGAGGUUGACGACGUUAAGGCCGCCUUCGAUAGCAAGGAGGCUGAGGCGGCGAAUACCACGCCGUGGACGGUGAAGCACAUCAACGAUGCUAAGAUCUUCAUUCCGAGAGCUUGGGAAUUGCUCCACACGGAGGGGUUUUAA